AUGGAAUUAAGAAUCGGUUUGCAUUUCGGUUUUAAGCUUCUCUUCCACAAGGGCAAAAGCAUCUGGGGAUUAGCAACAAUGGCUGACCUCAAAGAGCGGUUGCUUCCUCCAAGGCCUGCUUCAGCUAUCAACCUCAGAGGCGAUGCAGCGUCUCGGCCUUCUGCAUCAGGGAGACAACCUCUCCUUGGAGUUGAUGUUUUGGGCCUGAAGAAGCGUGGACAAGGGCUUAAGUCGUGGAUCCGUGUUGAUACCUUUGCCAAUACACAGGUCAUUGAGGUCGACAAGUUCUCAAUGAUGCGUAGAUGCGACUUGCCAGCACGUGAUUUGCGCCUGCUUGAUCCUUUGUUUGUGUAUCCGUCUACUAUCCUGGGCCGAGAGAGAGCUAUUGUUGUAAACUUAGAGCAGAUCCGUUGUAUUAUUACUGCGGAUGAGGUUUUGCUCUUGAAUUCCCUCGACAACUAUGUGCUUCGGUAUGUGGUUGAGCUGCAGCAGAGACUAAAAGCAAGUGCUGUAGGUGAGGUUUGGAAUCAGGACAGCCUCGAACUGAGCAAGAGGAGGAAUAGGAGUUUAGACAAUACGUUUCAAAACUCGUCCCCUGAUUAUUUACCUUUCGAGUUUAGGGCUCUUGAAAUUGCCCUCGAAGCUGCUUGUACCUUCCUUGAUUCCCAGGCUUCAGAGUUAGAGAUCGAGGCAUAUCCAUUAUUGGAUGAGCUUACCUCAAAGAUCAGUACUUUAAACCUGGAGCGUGUGCGUAGACUGAAGAGCAGACUUGUAGCAUUGACGAGAAGAGUUCAGAAGGUUCGGGAUGAGAUUGAACAGUUAAUGGACGACGAUGGGGAUAUGGCGGAAAUGUAUCUAACCGAGAAGAAGAAGAGAAUGGAAGGAUCUGUAUAUGGUGAUCAGUCCUUGCUUGGCUACAGAUCAAAUGAUGGUGUUUCUCUCUCUGCACCAGUUUCUCCUGUUUCUUCUCCUCCUGAUUCCCGGAGACUUGAGAAAAGCCUGAGCAUUGCGAGGAGCCGGCAUGACAGUGCAAGAAGCUCAGAAGGCGCAACCGAGAACAUAGAGGAGCUAGAGAUGCUGCUUGAAGCGUACUUUGUUGUCAUCGAUAGCACUCUCAACAAGCUAACCUCGUUAAAGGAGUACAUCGAUGAUACUGAGGAUUUUAUCAACAUUCAAUUGGAUAACGUGCGGAAUCAGCUGAUCCAGUUCGAACUGCUGCUAACUACUGCGACAUUUGUUGUAGCCAUCUUCGGGGUUGUAGCCGGGAUCUUUGGGAUGAAUUUCGAGAUAGAUUUCUUUGAAACGCCAGGCGCUUUCAAAUGGGUUUUGACCAUUACCGGAGUCUGUGGUCUUCUUGUAUUCUUGGCUUUCGUCUGGUUCUACAAACAAACUUCAGUGAAACGAAACAGAGUCUGCAAAACGGUUUCCAAAGUGGGGAGGCUGAGAAAAGAGAUUGGAGGUAACUACUUCUCAGAGGUCGAAGAUGAUGAGAGACGGGCUUUUCGAGCUUUGUCAGCUUUUUCCAAGAAGCUAACGCGAACGCCACCAUUGUGGAUUGUUCAACAUCGAUACCUGCUACGUGCAGUGUUAACAUCGUCUUCUUACUCAUCUUCACACAUUGCUUCUUUCUCUUCAGCAUUUCAUCGAGCGGGUCUUGUGCAUUCUCAGAUCUUUAGCCAUGUCCCACAAUUUGUCUCGUCCAAUGGAUUCUCCACCCAAAUCACCUCCGAGACAUUUGCUAUCAAGCAAGCACUUGCUCCGCUGGAACAUGGUCUGGUUGAUUUAAUCAGACAGGUCUCGGAGCUAGAGUCGGAGGCCGAUGCCAUGGCUUCUCUAGAGGAGUCAUCCUUUGAUCUCGAUCAUGAUUCUCUCUACUCUUUAAUCUGGGAACUAAGAGAUGAAUGGAGGCUUGCCUUUCUGGCAUUCAAAUGGGGAGAGAAGCGCGGCUGCGAUGAUCAGAAAGCUUGUGACUUGAUGAUCUGGGUGUUGGGUAAUCAUCAAAAGUUCAACAUAGCUUGGUGUUUGAUCCGUGAUAUGUUUCAUGUUUCAAGGGAUACUAGAAAGGCCAUGUUUCUCAUGAUGGACAGAUAUGCUGCUGCUAAUGAUACUAGCCAAGCUAUUCGGACAUUCGAUAUCAUGGAUAAGUUUAAGCACAUUCCUGAUGAUGAAGCGUUUCAAGGAUUGCUGUAUGCUUUGUGUAGACAUGGGCACAUUGAAAAAGCUGAAGAGUUCAUGCUUGCAAGCAAAAAGCUCUUUCCGGUGGAUGUUGAAGGAUUCAACAUCAUUCUUAAUGGUUGGUGUAACAUUUGGACUGAUGUGACUGAAGCCAAGAGGGUUUGGCGAGAGAUGGGGAAUUACUGUAUCACGCCUAACAAGGACUCUUACUGUCACAUGAUCUCUUGCUUCUCUAAAGUUGGGAACCUUUUCGAUUCUCUCAGGCUCUACGACGAAAUGAAGAAACGAAGGUUGGCUCCAGGGAUUGGAGUUUACAAUUCUUUGGUUUAUGUGUUGACCCGUGAGAAUUGCUUUGAUGAAGCUAUGAAGCUUAUGGAAAAGAUGAAGGAGGAAGGGUUAAAGCCAGAUUCAGUCACCUACAACUCGAUGAUACGGCCCCUUUGUGAGGCUGGAAAGCUGGAAGAAGCAAGGAAUGUAUUGGCGACCAUGAUAAGAGAGAACCUAAGCCUAACAGUUGAUACGUUUCAUGCAUUCAUUGAGGCUGUAAAUUUCGAUCAGGCUUUAGAGGUUUUUGGCCAAAUGAAGCUCUCUUGUUUAGGUCCUAGAGAAGACACCUUUCUCCUCGUUCUUGGAAAAUCAUUCAGGGAAAAACAACCUGAAAAUGCUCUGAAGAUGUGGGCAGAGAUGGGUCGUUUUGAGGUAGCGGCUAGUCCUGCUCUUUACCUGGCUACAGUACAGGGCCUUUUGACAUGCGGGUGGCUCGAAAAGGCCAGAGAGAUAUAUGCAGAUAUGAAAUCAAAAGGAUUCCCAGGAAAUCCUAAGCUCCAGAAGAUUCUUGAGGAGCAAAAGGUGAAGGAGUUCAAAAAUAGCAAGAGGAAAGAUGUUCAAAAAAUGGCUUCUCGGGGAGGCAACAAAGGUGAACGAUCAAUAUAUAAAAAAGAAACUGAUAGGGGUAAGACUUGAUGAAGAUUGAGAUCAAACGAUCACUCAAGUAAACUUGUUUCUCAGACCUCGUGGUCUUCCGAACUGUGAUACAUGCUGAUUCAGGAAUCUCUUUCCGGAUUACAUGAAAGACGUUAGAAACUAGUUUGAUUCUUGAUUGUUAUAGGCAAACACGUCCACGCAUCGCUGCACGCUCAAGUACAGGAAGUCAGAGUACAAUGUGUUUAUGAUAUGAAUUAGACCGCUCAACAGCCAAAGGCUGAGUUCAGUGUGUUUCAAAGGCAAGAUCUAUAGAGCUCUCUCAUUGUACAUUUUCCAGUUUGUCGUUUUCUGUGUUCUUUUGUCCUAUGACUUUGUUUUUCUAGAAUUCUUCUGUGUUGAUUGAUACGGCCUUGGAUUCUUUUGAGUGUUGCAAUGUUCAUGCCAUAUUUUAAGGAGUCACUAUUUUCCAUCAUCAAGAAAGUAAUGGGUCCCUUGAUU